GCUUUAACGCUCUUUUUUGUUCAAUAACUGACCGUUAAAGACACGAAAUCUAAUCACAGAUCAAACAGGACUCUCUCGCUCUCUAAAACCUCUUCUCUGAACUAUCAAUCUCUUCCUUUCUCUCUCUUCUUUCCCUUCUUGGAUGGGAUGGAGGUGAGAGCUUCCAUAUUGAGCAAAAAGUUAAGGUUCUUAGACACAAUUCUAAAACCCUAAUUUUCACGUAAAAUAGCACAGAUUCGAACGACACGGAACCAAAGAUGUUUCCGUGGAACAUCGCCAAAUCGGCGGAGGCGAUGUUCUCUCGGUGGGCAAUAAAGAGGGUUUGUAAGUUCUUGUUGAAGAAGAAAUUAGGGCAAUUCAUUCUGGGCGACAUCGAUCUUAACCAGCUCGAUGUUCAGCUCGGCGCCGGCACCAUUCAGCUCUCCGAUCUUGCUCUAAACGUCGAUUAUCUCAAUCAGAAGUUUGGUGGAGCAGCAGUAGUGAUUUUUAAAGAAGGUUCAAUUGGCUCUUUGUUAGUGACAAUGCCUUGGAAAGGUAAAGGUUGUGAGAUUGAGGUGGAUGAGCUUGAGCUCGUGCUUGCUCCCUGUGGGGAAAAUGUAUCUCAAGUUGGGGCUGAAACUUGUUUGUCCAGUCAAGAUAGUAACUACUGUAGCAGUCCUGACUUGGGGAAGAUCAAUCAUGAAUUGGUUGACAACCCUGCAGCAACUGAUUCUAUGGAUGUUCAUGAAGGAGUUAAAACCAUUGCCAAGAUGGUAAAAUGGUUGCUUACCAGCUUCCAUGUUAAAGUUAAAAAAUUGAUUGUUGCAUUUGAUCCCCAUUUAGCAGAGGAAAAGGAGACUGAGUUUUGCAGAACUUUGGUGCUUCGAAUUACUGAUGUGGAAUGUGGAACAUGCAUUUCGGAAGAUGCUAAGUUAAGUGUUGAUGCAACAGUUAGUAACCUUUUUGGAUUAAGCCGUCUGAUAAACUUUGUAAAAUUCCAAGGAGCAAUACUUGAGUUCCUUCAAAUAGAUGGUGUUGACAACCAAACAUCCCUUCCAUGUGCUUCAGGAACAACUUUUGGUGCAUGCUUUUCGGGAUGCUGCAUGUCAGACGCUACAACUCCAAUUGUCACUGGGAAAAGAGGUGGAUUUUCAGGGACUCUAAAAUUGAGCAUACCAUUGAACAAUGGUUCUUUAGAUAUCCGCAAAGUGGAUGCUGAUGCUUAUAUUGAUCCUCUAGAAUUAAGAUUUCAACCUAGUUCCAUCAAAUGUUUCUUAUAUUUGUGGGAAAUGUUUAAAGAUACAGGUAAGAAUAGAAAGGGUCGCAUUCAUCACCAGGCGAUGGAGUCUGUUUAUUUUAAUGCAGCAUCUCAUUGCAAUUCCUCAACUCUAGGUCCUUCUAUGUUUGCUACUGAUAAGGUGCCACCAAACAAAGAAAGUUUCUUCUCUGAUUGCUUCCCGCCUAUGGGGAAAGAAACGGUAACUGAUGCCCUGCUGCCAGGGUCCCAUCUUAUAUCAGACUGGGUGCCAUCCUCUGUCGGUAGACACCAAAAAAACAGAAUUGAAGAAGAACCAGAUUUUGGCGCCAGCAUGGACCAGUUCUUUGAAUGUUUUGAUGGAUUGAGGAAUUCCCAAUCAGCUUUAGGAAACAGUGGGGCAUGGAACUGGACUUGUUCUGUUUUCAGUGCAAUAACUGCUGCAUCCAACCUUGCUUCUGGAUCUUUGCAUAUUCCCUCUGAACAGCAGCAUGUUGAAACAAAUCUUAAGGCCUCUGUUUCUGGAGUCUCUCUUCUUUUUUCUUUUGUUGAUGAAGACCGGCAGCAUUCGUGUGAUCUCAAGGGUGACCAGACAAUUGCCGGUUCAUAUAUUCAUUAUAUGGGUGCAACAUUUCAAGACAUGCUUCUUGUCUUGCAGGUAUGUCCUCGAGAAAUGAAUUUUAGAGCAAUGGUGGAGCAUGUAGAAUUAUCUGAUCACUUCAGCAAUAAGAAUGAAGCUAUGGAUUUUGAUUUGCAUGGUGCUAAUGAUGAUGACGAAAGUCUGGUUGUCUUGAUCCAAAAAAUGCAAGCUGCAGUUCAAGGUGCACUCCCUUCUUUUGGCUCAUCUAUCAAAGAUAGUCAUUUAGAAAAACCAAGUGGGUCUGUUGUUGGAGAUGUUCCAUUUGGUGUACGUUCGCCAAGUAGAUGCAUUAGGGCAACAAUGUGCAGAAGUAUUUACAGGGAUGAUGUGAUCAAGGUUACAUUGCUUAGAACCUCAGGUGCUAGUCAGUUCCAGUUUAAGGUAAAUUCUGGAUCUGCAGAUGACCGUUUCAUGGGGCCAACAUCUUUUUCACUAGAGCUGCCACCAGUUAUUUUCUGGGUGAACUUUGGUUUGAUAAGUAUGAUAACAGAUCUUUUGAAAGAAAUUGGAACAUCUUUUGAAAUGACUAGCUCUGCAGAUGGUUUUGCAUCUGAGGCCUUUGAUGAUAAGCAUAGGCCUUCAUCUCUAGGGGAUGUCGCAGAGAGUCAUGUUCCAACCUUGUCUCCGAAAGAAAGUCUGAUGGGUAAAAUAUUCCUUCCAAAUGCGAGGAUGAUAUUAUGUUUCCCUUUUGAGAAAGAUAGAGAUUUUAGAAGGUACUAUUCCUGUGAUCAGUUUAUUGCUCUUGAUUUUUCUUCACCAUCUACUUUGGGUGAGGAGAAUGUUCAAGCCACUAAUCCAUCUCCUGCUGGUGGUUCUAAGAAGAGGUAUUCGUCAGGAAAGUCAUCUUCCUUACAUUUGAGUGUGGGCAACCUUGACAUGUAUUUAAUUACCUCAGCUUCCAAGGAGAAUGUAGAAGGUAACCCCUUCAGCAUGCGAGAGCUGAAUUUUUUUGCUCAGAAAGUUCUUUCUGUCACUGAUGGAAGAGGUCGUCCUUCUGUUAUUAGUAUGCUUUGGCAGGAGGGUCCUCUGACUGGUCCUUGGAUAGCACAGAGGGCCAAGCUAUUGGCUACUUCACAGGAUGCGAGGAGCAGAAAUAAAUUCAUGGCAAAAGGUAAUGAGUUUGCCUCUGUAACUACUGUUAAGGAUUUGGAAGACUCCAAUUGUCAUACUCGACAAGAAAUGGUUUUGAGCUCUGCUUUUUCUCUACAUGUCCACUUAUCUCCUGUCGUGGUCAAUCUAGGUACUUCUCAGUAUCAAAAUUUACACUGUCUUUUACAUCAGAUGAUUGAUUGGCUAUCAUGCAUAGCCUCUGAUCCAGUUGGAAACGUGGAAGAAGCUUGUGGUUCUCAAACAUCAGUCCUUGUGGAAUGUGAUUCUGUGGAAAUAGCAAUUAGCCUGGAAGCAGUGGAGAGUAUCAGAGGCUCGAUCCAGAACGAGCUUCCGGGCUCUUGGCAUAGAUUGAAACUCGAAAUCCAGAAAUUUGAGUUGCUAUCUGUAUCAAAUGUAGGCGGACUUAGAAGUUCCAAUUUUCUUUGGGUGGCCCAUGGUGAAGGCAAUAUGUGGGGUUGCAUUAGUGGAGUUCCUAAUGAAGAACUGCUUCUGAUCUCAUGCAGCAAUUCUACAAUAGGACGUGGUGAUGGAGAAGGUUCAAAUGUAUUAGCUUCUAGGUUUUCAGGUUCUGAUAUUGUACACUUCUGGGAUCCUGAGUGUUGUCAGAGUUAUACAUCUGUGAUUGUUAGAUGCGGCACUAUUGUUGCAGUAGGUGGUCGCUUGGAUUGGUUUGAUACAAUAUCAUUCUUUUUUUGUUUGCCCUCUCCUGAAAUGGAACAAGCAAGUGACCACAGUUUGCAGAAGAGCUAUUCUGAGAGAAGUGUGCCUUGUGAAUCUUCUUUUGUGCUUAACUUGGCAGAUAUUGCUUUGAGUUAUGAGCCAUACGUAAGGAACUUGGUGGCUUCCGAAGGAUUUGAUUCUGAUUCUGGUUCUGCUAAUAUCAAGGAAGAGAAUGGUGAACAGAAAGUUGCUUGUCUCUUGGCAGCAUCUUCUUUGAAACUUCGUAAUAUAAUGGCAGCUGAUUCCAUUAGCAGGGACUACAAAAUUAGAAUGCAAGAUCUAGGUCUACUUCUUUGUGAGGUCUCUGAGGCAAAAAAUGUCGGUGGCACUUAUAGUGUAGAAGCUCUUCGCAAGCUUGGCUAUGUCAAAGUUGCUCAAGAGGCACAUUUUGAGACACUUUUGAGGGCAAACUGUGAGAAUGGUCAUCUUUGGGAAGUAGAAUGUUCUGAGUCUCACAUUGUUGUAGAUACUUGCCAUGACACCACUUCUGGUUUGAUUCGUUUGGCUGCCCAACUCCAGCAGCUUUUUACUCCUGAUGUGGAAGAAUCUAUUGUACACUUGCAGACCAGGUGGAAUAAUGUCCAGCAGGCACACGAGAGUGAUGAAAGUAGGAUCUUUAAUAGUGGUUCUGCUCCAUCAAUUCCUGGGUUGCGUACUUCAAGCAUAGAUACAAUAAGCAAACCUGGUGUGGUCAAUUUGAUGGAUGAGAUAUGUGACGAUGCAUUUCACUUGGAUGGACCUCUGGAUGGCCAGUCUGAUACAUGUGAAUCACAACUUCAUAUUUCACUGAAUGAUGCUUUUCUUGUAGAAGCGUGUAACUUAAGUGUCAGAGACGCAGAAAAUUUUUCGUGUAAUUUGUCCCUCAAAGGGUCAGUGCCUGUAAUUGGAUUAGAAAAUAAUGACACCUCAAAUUCACAGAGCAACUUUCCAGAUUUUAUAGAAGGGUAUUUUUUAUCUGACUUAUGCUCCCUGCCAGAUCUAUCUCUGAAUAACCAGCCAACAGAUGAGGUUUUUAAAUGCAAAUCUAGUAAUGUGAAGAAUGAAGAAGUCCCAAGAGGAAACAAUGGAUGGUAUGGGGACUCCUUGUUCAGAAUUUUAGACGACCAUGUGUCAAAAGUUAGUGAGCGAACUGGUCCACAACAAUGUGUAGAAGGUGUGGCUUCUAGCUGUCGCACUGGACUUCAUGAGGAUGGAGAAAUUAAGGGGCGUGUUCUUUUUAAGAACACCAGUGUCAUCUGGAGAAUGCAUGCUGGCUCUGAUUGGAACAACUCUAAGAAGAGUGUUGAGCAUUCUGCAAUUACUCAAGGACGGGAUACAGAUGUAUGUCUAGAGCUUGCAUUAUCUGGGAUGAAGUUUCGGUAUGAUGUUUACCCAGAUGGUGGAAUAUGUGUAUCUAGGCUUUCCCUCUCAAUUCAGGAUUUUCAUCUUAGUGACAACAGCAUUGAUGCUCCAUGGAAACUGGUGCUUGGAUAUUAUCAUUCAAAAGAUCAUCCUAGAGAAUCAUCAUCAAAAGCAUUCAAGCUGGAUUUAGAGGCUGUAAGACCAGAUCCUUUGACACCUCUUGAAGAGUACCGGUUGCGUGUUGCUUUCGUUCCUAUGCGGUUGCAUCUUCAUCAGUGCCAACUUGAUUUUCUCAUCAGCUUCUUUGGAGGAAAAAGCUUAUCAGUUGACCAAUGUCCGAGUUUUCCUCAGGAUUUGGGUGAAUCGGGAAUGUUACUAAAAAGGAGUAUUAAAGUUGGGGGCCACAUCGUGACUGAGGAGGCAUUGCUUCCUUAUUUUCAGAAGUUUGACAUGUGGCCUGUUCUUGUUCGGGUCGAUUAUAGUCCUCGCCAUGUUGAUUUAGCUGCUUUAAGGGGCGGGAAAUAUGUGGAACUUGUUAACCUAGUUCCGUGGAAGGGGGUUGAGCUACAACUCAAACAUGUUCAAGCUGUUGGUGUCUAUGGUUGGAGCUGCAUAUGUGAAACGAUAAUAGGGGAUUGGUUGGAGGAUAUUUCUCAAAAUCAGAUUCAUAAGUUGUUGAAGGGGCUCCCUCCCAUUCGAUCAUUGGUUGCUGUUGGUUCGGGUGCUGCAAAGUUGGUUUCUCUGCCUGUUAAGAGCUACAGGAAGGAUAAAAAAUUACUCAAGGGAAUGCAAAGAGGUACAAUUGCGUUUCUGAGAAGUAUUUCGCUUGAGGCAAUUGGACUAGGAGUGCAUUUGGCAGCAGGGGCUCAUGACAUCCUCCUCCAAGCAGAAUAUAUUCUCACAAGCAUUCCACCCUCUGUACCAUGGCCUGCACAUAGCGGAGUGAAUAGUAACUUCAGAUCUAAUCAACCUAAAGAUGCUCGACAAGGAAUCCAACAGGCUUAUGAAAGUAUCAGUGAUGGCCUGGGAAAAUCUGCCUCUGCUUUAGUUCGAACUCCCUUGAAAAGAUACCAGCGUGGUGCUGGUGUUGGUUCUGCUUUGGCAAGUGCUGUUCAGGCGGCUCCUGCAGCGGCCGUGGCUCCAGCUUCUGCUGCUGCACGUGCUUUGCAUUAUGCUCUUCUUGGUGUUAGGAACAGCCUUGAUCCUGAGCGUAAAAAGGAGUCUAUGGAUAAAUAUUUAGGUACAACUUAGCCAUGGAGUUCAUGUAACAGGUGUACAGAUUCUGAGGCCAUUACUUAUAGAUUCUUUCCUGUCAGAAGGCAGUGAACCUGUAAAUAGUGUACAUAUUGAGUGAAGAUUGAUAGUUUUUGCCCUCCAAGCCCGAUCCUUGUAAUUAUAGUCAUUUGAUUAGCAUUAGCAAGUCAUUCUGAAGCACCACAUUGUUUAUCAUAUUCCCCGACGGCCCCAAUUAUGUUGUAUUGUAAUUUUAGUCAUUUGAUUAGAGCAGUAGCAAAUCAUUCUGUAGCAACACAUUAUAUAUCAUAUUCCUCAAUGGCCCCAAUUACAUUGUAUGCAACAUUGUUUGUGUUGUACAUAGCUCUGCAAAUCUUGUCUCUAUCAUGUUAGACCAUCUCGCAGCCCCUGUAUGUGUGUAGCACUAAGAAAACAACCCUCAAAACGACCACAACCUCCCCCUUCCUUUUGUCUCUCUCCGUUUUUUUUUUUUUUGGGCUUGGGUGAUUUCAAAGUUUU